AUGCUCACGAUCACGAUUCUCCCCAUCGCUCCAGCCGAGGUGAAAUACGACGAGGUGAGGGAAAAGCUGUCCAAGAGGGAAAUCCAACUGUUGGACUGCCGGAAUCGACCGGAAAUCGGGAACGCCGGAAUGGUCCCCGGAAGUUGCAACGUCCCCCUUCCUGAGUUGGAAGAAGCCUUCAAGAUGGACUCGGACUCCUUCGAGAGGAAAUACGGAUGCAGGAAGCCGAAUCCGGAGGAGGAGAACGUGGUGAUGAUGUGCGGAACCGGGCGGAGGGCGAAACUGGCCAUCGACGCGCUCCGACCCCUCGGAUAUCACCGGCUCAAGUGGUACAGUGGGAGUUUCAACGACUGGGUCGCCAAAGGGGGCGACGUGGCCAAAUCCCGCGACCUGUUCCAGCCUACAAAUUCCUGAUUUCUUCAACCGCUAUUCCUGCUUAAUUGCCAAUUUGUAUAUUUCUGCCUUGCGCUUUCAUGCGAUCGAAUGACGUGCAAUACUCAGUACUGAAAGUACGACGUGAUCGUCUAUCUAACUGCACCAGAUCGUCCAUCUGGUGCGGCUGACUUAUUUUUGUAUUUGAGGUUGUCUCACUU